GAUGUGGGAACUGCAGCAGCUGGUGUGUGUUUGGCAAGGACAGAUAUGGAUGAGGUGGCAGGAUAACGCCAAGGACACACAUGCUUAUAAACAUGCCCGAGAGCCAGACAGAGCCCAGCACCCAUCAUGAGACUCUUUGUGCUGACCAGUCUGUUCGUGGCCAUUUUUGGCCUGAAGACUUUUGAUGGUGAUCAGGUGCUGAGAAUAUUGGCCAAGGAUGAGGUGCAGAUCUCGUUGCUGCAGGACUUGACUCAGAUGGAGGAUCUGGAGUUGGAUGUUUGGAGAGAAGCAAGCCAGCCUGCCCUCCCUGUGGAUAUUCAUGUUCCUUUCCACAGCAUUCCGAUGGUCAAGGCCUUCCUGGAAUUCCAUAACAUCCAACAUUCCAUCAUGAUCAAGGACCUACAGGUUAUCCUGGAUGAGCAGCAACGUGAGAUGCAAAGUCCUCAUUUCACAGAGCCGAGGAGCACAGACAAUUAUAACUAUGCCACGUACCACACCCUAAGUGAGAUCUAUACUUUCAUGGACAUGCUGGUGGCUGAAAAUCCCACAUUGGUGAGCAAGCUGCAGAUUGGAAACAGCUAUGAGAAUCGUCCGCUAUAUGUACUGAAGUUUAGCACCGGUGGAUCAAAUCGCCCUGGCAUCUGGAUCGACACCGGUAUCCAUUCCAGGGAAUGGGUCACCCAGGCCAGCGGAACCUGGUUCGCUAAGAAGAUUGUGAGUGACUAUGGGCAUGACGCCGCCCUCACUGCAAUCCUCAAUGAGAUGGACAUCUUCUUGGAGAUCGUCACCAACCCCGACGGCUUCUACUACACCCACACCACUAACCGUAUGUGGCGUAAGACCAGAAAGCCCAACUCUGGAUCUACUUGUGUUGGGGUCGACCCCAACAGAAACUGGGAUGCUGGAUUUGGAGGUGCCGGUGCCAGUGCCAACCCAUGCUCCGAAACGUACCACGGACCCAAGGCCAACUCGGAGCCCGAGGUCAAGCAUAUUGUAGACUUUGUGAACUCACACCAGAACUUGAAAGCCUUCGUGUCCAUCCACAGCUAUUCUCAGAUGCUGAUGUAUCCCUAUGGAUACACCCGGACUCCAGUGCCUGACCAGACUGAGCUGCAUGAACUCGCAAAGAAAGCCAUCACUAAGCUGGCAUCUCUCUACGGAACGUCUUACAGAUACGGGAGCAUCAUCAACACCAUCUACCAAGCCAGCGGUGGCACCAUUGACUGGACCUACAAGCAGGGCAUCAAGUACUCGUACACCUUCGAGCUGCGUGACACUGGGCGCUACGGCUUCCUUCUGCCGGCCAAUCAGAUCAUUCCAACAGCAGAGGAGACCUGGCUGGCUCUGAUGGUCAUUAUGCAGCACGCCAAGGACAACAUGUACUGAACUGUAACCUCAUCACGGCAGCAUCUGCUCAAUGGGCACAGAUGCAUAGUCAUACUGCAUUACUAAAUGAUCAAAUCCACCUUUGCCAGAAUGACAAAUAAAGACACUACAUUAGUAGCUAAGACUGAUCACAGUA